ACAUUCAGCUUCUUCCUAAUGUCAAAUGAGUGCUGUUAAAGUUCCUUCAGGAAACUUCAGCAGAGAAAAACAUUUGCUUCACAUCUCAUCAAAUCUUCUGCAUCAAGCCACAUCAUGUUAAACAAUCUUCUGCUGUUCUCCCUUCAGAUAAGUCUCAUAGGAACCACUCUUGGUGGGAAUGUUUUGAUUUGGCCAAUGGAAGGUAGUCAUUGGCUAAAUGUUAAGAUAAUUAUAGAUGAGCUCAUUAAAAAGGACCAUAAUGUGACUGUCCUAGUUGCCUCUGGUGCACUUUUCAUCACACCAACCUCUAACUCAUCUCUGACAUUUGAAAUAUAUAAGGUGCCCUUUGGCAAAGAAAGAAUAGAAGGAGUAAUUAAGGACUUCGUUUUGACAUGGCUGGAAAAUAGACCAUCUCCUUCAACCAUUUGGAGAUUCUAUCAGGAGGUGGCCAAAGUAAUCAAGGACUUCCACGUAGUGUCUCAGGAGAUCUGUGAUGGUGUUCUUAAAAACCAACAGCUGAUGGAAAAGCUAAAGAAAAGCAAGUUUGAAGUCCUGGUGUCCGAUCCAGUAUUUCCUUGUGGCGAUAUAGUAGCUUUAAAACUUGGAAUUCCAUUUAUGUACUCCUUGAGGUUUUCUCCAGCCUCAACAGUGGAAAAGCACUGUGGGAAGGUACCAUACCCUCCUUCCUAUGUUCCUGCUGUUUUAUCAGAACUCAGCGACCAAAUGUCUUUCACUGACAGAGUAAGAAAUUUCAUCUCCUACCACCUACAGGACUACAUGUUUGAAACUCUUUGGAAAUCAUGGGAUUCAUACUAUAGUAAAGCUUUAGGAAGACCCACUACAUUAUGUGAGACUAUGGGGAAAGCUGAAAUUUGGUUAAUCCGAACAUAUUGGGAUUUUGAAUUUCCUCGUCCAUACUUACCUAAUUUUGAGUUUGUUGGAGGAUUGCACUGCAAACCUGCCAAACCUUUACCUAAGGAAAUGGAAGAAUUUAUCCAGAGCUCAGGUAAAGAUGGUGUCGUGGUGUUUUCUCUGGGAUCAAUGGUCAAAAACCUUACAGAAGAAAAGGCCAAUCUUAUUGCCUCAGCCCUUGCCCAGAUUCCACAGAAGGUUUUAUGGAGAUACAAAGGAAAGAAACCAGCCACAUUAGGGAACAAUACUCAGCUCUAUGAUUGGAUACCCCAGAAUGAUCUUCUUGGUCAUCCCAAAACCAAAGCUUUUAUCACUCAUGGUGGAACUAAUGGGAUCUAUGAAGCUAUUUACCACGGAGUCCCUAUGGUGGGAGUUCCCAUGUUUGCUGAUCAGCCUGAUAACAUUGCUCACAUGAAGGCCAAAGGAGCAGCUGUGGAAGUGAACCUAAACACAAUGACAAGUGUGGAUUUGCUUAGCGCUUUGAGAACAGUCAUUAAUGAACCUUCUUAUAAAGAGAAUGCUAUGAGGUUAUCAAGAAUUCACCAUGAUCAACCUGUAAAGCCCCUGGAUCGAGCAGUCUUCUGGAUCGAGUUUGUCAUGCGCCACAAAGGAGCCAAGCACCUGCGGCCAGCUGCCCACGACCUCACCUGGUUCCAGUACCACUCUUUGGAUGUAAUUGGGUUCUUGCUGGUCUGUGUGACAACGGCUAUAUUUUUGGUCAUACGAUGUUGUUUGUUUUCCUGUCAAAAACUUGGUAAGAUAGGAAAGAAGAAAAAAAGAGAAUAGGUCAAGAAAAAGAGGAAAUGUACGUAUUUUUAAGUUUGGCAAAAUUCUGAGUAGUGUAGUCCUAUUAAUUCCAGCCAAAAGGAGUUUAACAAAAACGCAUCUCCCAUCCUGUUUCCAAAUUUUCUAUUUCUCUAUCUGCGAUAAGCCUACUGAUAAAGCCUAGAUUUUGGCAUGAUUAUUAUUAACUUGUGAGUUAUAGCCUUCUAUUUUUCCUUUGUCUCUCCCUGCUGACUAUACCCUCUUCCUUUCAUUUUUCUGACACAAGGAUACUACCUAAUUUUAAAUAUGUUCUAUUCAUAGUAUCAAAUUAUUUUGUAGUUAACCUUAAUUAAUGAUGAACAAUAUGCUGAAUCCUGGUAAUGCAUACAGUGUAGAUGGAAUUUGAUAGGUGUAAGGAAGAGUCAAAUUCACAAGUUUCCAUAUACCAAACAAAUCAGGGAGCCACCACAGGAGAGUAGUGUGUUAUGAGAAAGGUAAUGAUUUCCUUUUUUAAUAAAAACAAACUCCUCUGCUUGCUCAAUGUUUCAGGAGUUAGAGAAUGAAUUUUAAGUGUGAUGUGCAUCCCUAUUAAAUGUCUACAAAAUUUUCAUUGAGCAUAUCUAGAAAAUCACGGUAUAACUUGCCUGCCUUUCUUCAACAUAUAUUCUUAUAUAACCUGUAGUGGAAGAUUUGGGUACUGUCUUUAAUAAAUAAAUCAAUUGACUCUUUUUUAUUUCAAGGAGAAAGUACUAGGUUAUAUGUUGAAGGUGAACAGAUCAUAUUUAGAGGAUAUAACUGUUAGAAAUCUAGAAAAUAUUAUCAAUUUUAUAAAAUUUUUAGUUAACUGUGCAAAUAAUUACAUGAACCAUCAAUUAAUUAUGCUUAAAAAUCACUAAUGUUCACAAUAUAUUAUCACUAUUUGUAAUCAAAAGUUUAAUUUUAUGCCAAAAAAUAAAAAAUGCUUACUUGGAAUUUGA